CUUUUCAUUAAUUCUUGGACGCCAUAUUGAAUAAUUCUUCGUCGUCCAAAUCUAGUUCUCCACACGAAGAUGUCACGCUACUCAAGACCGCCAAAUUCUUCUCUAUACGUUAGAAACGUUCCUGACGGCACACGCCCUGAAGAGCUGAGAAGCAUGUUUGGAAAGUAUGGACCUAUCACAGAUGUCUACGUUCCUUUGGACUAUUACACCAGACGCCCUCGUGGAUUUGCAUACCUCAAAUUUGAAGACCCUCGUGAUGCAGAUGAUGCAUUGUAUCAUCUUGAUCGCACACGAUUUUAUGGAAGAGAGUUAGAGAUUGAGUUUGCUAGAGGAGACAGAAAAUCCCCAGGUCAGAUGAGAGGUAAAGAAAGGUCGUCACGUCGCUCUCCAUAUUCCAGAUAUGAUGAUUAUGAUCGUAGACGCAAUCGUUCUAGAAGUCGAAGCCCCAGGUACAGAUCACUUUCACGCAGUCCUUAUUCAAGUCGAAACAGAUCACACUCAAGGAGUCCUUAUAAAGGCAGCAGACGCAGUAGGACAAGAAGUCGUACACCUAAAAGAGAAAGGAGAUCCUACAGUCAUUCCAGAAGUAGAUCAGCAUCAUAUGAUAGAAAGAAAGAAAAUGGCUCAAGAAGUCGAUCAAAGACAAGAUCCCCUGCAAAAUCAGAUAAAGAGGAAAGAGAAGAUUCACCUGCGGAAUAAACAUUACCUUUUUAAUUCAUUUUGUAACAUUCAUUUGCACAUAUUCAUUUUUUUUAAAUAUAAAUGUACUGGUGUUCUUUUAAUGUUUUAAAUUGUUGAUUUUGAAAUGUUGCAUAGUGUAGAUUAUAUCAUUAAUUUUAGUAUGGAGAUUACUUAUUAUUGUAAUUUUUAAUUAGGUUAAGAUUCAAAUAGAGAACCACACUUUGCCAGAUUAAAGACCUAUAAUGAAACAGUUUUGUAUUGAAUGAUUUUAGACAGCUAGAUGUAAGUCAGGAAAGUUGUAUGCUGAAAUACAUGGUUUUGAGCAGCUGGUUUUAUUUUGAUCUACAUGCUAUUUGAGAGGUGUGAAAACUUACAUUAAGCUAGCUGUACUGUUCCAUUUUAUGUGGUUAUAGUUAUAUUGUAAAUACAAAACAAUUUCAUCAAGAUAAUUUAAUUUAUGAAUUAUUUCUUAAUUGCACUCAAUUAGAUCAAAAAGUGUCUUUAUAAAGUACCAUGACUGAAGGAUCUCUGAAUUAUUUAUUAUGAUUUUAUUAAGUCUAGUGUCUAGUGACUGCAUCUAAAAUAUUGUAGGCUUUGUGAUCGGAAUAGGCUUAGUUUCAGAAAUGUUAAUGUAUUUCAAUAUAGCCUAUGGUACUUAACAUCCACGGUCAUUGACUAAGAAUUUUUGACCAUUUGGAUUAUUCUGGGUUUUCCAAGACGAAAGCCUGCAAAUCUUUCAAAUAAAAUUUUCAGCUCUGCUUUU